AAGCAGUCAUUCCGCGAACAUUGUGCAACAAACUAAAGUCAUACGCCUAACGGGUAUAUAUUACUCUUUUCAGGUCAGUUAUCCAGAGGCACCUGGAAAUAGUAACAAUAGGCCUCACCAGUAAAUUUCCUGGAUCCACCCCUGACUGAUUAGAAGUUUAUGCUCCGCUGUUGCAAGAGAGCUCAUAUGGGCGUUUAUUGACAAAAGAGAGAGCUUUUACCCGAUGGGCGUGUUUCAACGAGAUGGGCGUUUAGUCAAAAAUAUGAAUAACAACCUGUUAGUAUCGACACUGCUCCUCCUCUCGUUGUUUGCUACCUCUUUUGCAUAUCUUGAUGGAGCUCGUGAAGAGUCUUGUUACGACCACAGCAUUAUUCACACUGUAGAUUUAGGGGGGGGUGAAGUUAUAAAUGAUCCAAGUACAGUCUGUAACACCCCUUGUGGCUACCAACUAUAUGUUGUUGGAGAGAUAGCAGAAAAUGGCACUCUGAUAAAUAAUGAAAUAGAUCCGAGCAGUUUCAUGUACAAGCUGAACACCACUUAUCAAUUUUCGUUGAGGAUAAUCAUGUUGGCAGGUGGUCAAGCAACAAACGGCUUCGUAGGGUUCCUGGUUCAAGCUCGUGAGUCCACUGACACGUUUGUCCCUGAAUCCUCCAUACACGGGACGUGGGAGGACAAUAGAAUGCUGUAUAGACCGCUCAACUGUGGCAAGUCCAUGACCGAUACAUCUGUACUUUAUCCUAACUCGGCUACUCAAAGGCUAUCCAUGGACAUUGCUGAUAUAGGUGGAAACAAUGAGGUGCUUCUCUACUGGGUAUCACCUGCCGAACAAGCUGACGCAGCCACCGUUGUGUUCUGGUACACAAUUGUCCAGCAGCAUCGUGCUCAUUUCUUUCCUGUGAGAGGACCUGUUGGAAAUCCUCCGCCAACCAAUCCAACAACUGUUUGUGAAGCUGAACAGGAUUCUGUAUGGUGGCUUUUCUUCCCUGUCACUGUGGCUGGCUUUUCCUAUUCCCAGCAGUGCCCACAAAAUGGAACUGGAAGAACUUUAGGUACUGCGACUCGUUUCUGUACACUGGGUGGUGUGUGGGAAGCAGUGAAUAUUGAUAACUGUGCUAGGGAAGUGAUCAUCUUGCUUAAUAACAGGGCAAAUGAACUAUUUUUUAGAAAUCCAUCACAGAACGAAGUUGAUGACCUUCUUACUUCUCUUGGGGAGGCUACUAAUGUAAAUGCAACAGCAGGCUCCACCUUAUUCCCCCAAGACCUCAGCACUACUAAUUUGAUUGUCAAUUCAAGUGUGAACUACCUAGUUCAAAACGUAGAGAUUGCUAGUCCCGUGUCUUCUCUCAAUUUUAGUGAAGAAAUUAUGAAUGUUCUCAACAAUGUUCUGGAUGAGAGGAAUACCAGAGGAUGGGAAAGAUUACAAGAGGAUUCUGACAGUCAGCAAUUGCUGUUGAGUGCAGAAUCAUAUGGUCAGUAUGUGUCAAUGGCGCUAAAGAGUGAAGCUGUGGAUACAGGCAGCGUGACAGAGAUCACACUUGUGAGACAGAACAUCGCACUAGCUGCAAUGGAGGUUGACCCCACUAGUUUGGAUGACAUUAUCUUUCCUGAAGUUGUUAAAGUCAGUGAAGAAUCAGGCUCAGCUCAAACUGUAAUAUCAGCUGCUCUUCUUGCAGAGAGAGGCGCUCUAGAUGGGAAUGUUACAGCAGUCAACAUUCUAUUUUCCAACUUGGAGGAUUUCCUUCCAAAAGUCAAUCUUGAAAUGAACACAACCAGACCAGUAUCACAGGUUAUUUCUAGUCAAGUCUUCUCCAAAGUAAAAUUAACUAACUCCCAGGCACAGGCAACCUUCAAAUUCACCACCCAAAAGUUUUCUGAAGAUGAAGUUGCUGAAAAUGCAAGAUGUGUAUUUUGGAGUGUUUCUAGUGAUGCGGCCAACAGCCGGUGGUCCACGGAAGGUGUGAUUACAGUCAGUGUGGAUGAAGACGAGCAAAUGAGAGUGUAUGAUAUUGUCUGUAAGAGCAGUCAUUUCACAGCAUUUGCUGUUCUAAUGGAUGUCACUGGAGCACUGAAUGACACAACUCCAGAGAUCAGGUUUGCUCUAUCAGUGGUGACUUACGUUGGUUGUUCCAUCUCCAUCUUCUUUCUUCUGUUAUCUAUCCUCUAUUUCUUGACGUUGAGAAAAGAGCUCUUGACCAAGAUUCAUAACUUCAUCCAUCUCAACCUGUCUAUAUCUUUGCUCCUUGGUUAUGUGGUUUUCCUGUCAGGAGUAGACACUGCUGUGGCCAACGAGGUAGCAUGUGUGUUUGUGGCUGCUCUCCUUCACUACUUGUUCACUACUGUGUUCUUUUGGAUGUUGUGUGAGGGAAUCAUGCUCUAUCUCAUGUUGGUGGUUGUCUUCAGCCAAAUAUCCAAGAAAUGGUGGAUAUUCUUUAUUAUUGGAUGGGUUAUUCCAGUGAUACCGGUGGCUAUAUCUGUUGGAAUUAUUCAUGACCAGUAUGGCACAAAAGAAUAUUGUUGGAUUGCCGUUGGUGCCGGUGAUAAAGGAGCCAUAUGGGCAUUUGUUGUACCAAUGCUACUAGUUAUUCUGGUGAAUAUAUUCUUCCUCUUGGCUGCUUUGCGCAGUGUCUAUAAGCAGAAAAAGUCAACCAUGCAACGAACUGGGAAAAAGGGAUCCCUACAGUUAUUCUCACAACUCUUCAAGGCAACCAUCAUUCUCCUUCCAAUACUCGGGCUGACUUGGGUGUUUGGUCUACUCUCAGUCAACAGCAGCACUAUUGUGUUUGCAUGGUUGUUCUCUAUCUUUAACUCACUGCAAGGCCUGUUUGUGUUCAUCUUCCAUGUGCUCAGGAGUGAAAAGGUCACAAAAUUCCUGAAGCAGUGCAGAAAAAGAAUCGAUAGUGUUGUAUCAACUUCUGCCUCAGGAAAAAACAAUCUGAGCAAGAAUUCGACGAGUGGUGUUCAGCUCAAGCCAAGUCACGACUCUAGUUUCAGCAAACACGAUCAUAGUACCAUGCAAGAUGAAGCCAUUAAAGUCGAUGAGGCUGAAUUUGACUCGGAGAAGUCGCACAUUGCUGGAUUGUAUGAAUAUGACGAAAAGCCUGGUGGCACAACACUAACAUAAAAAAACGUUCACACUAACAGGAAAGCCUUGAACACUGUAAUUGAUGUGUAGGAUGUGUGGUUAUGUUCUUAGAGUCUCCUAGCUACAACCUAUAUUAAUGUAGGAUCAGAGUUCCUAUCUAUUGUUUUUGGCUGAACUUAUUGAGGAUACGAUGCAUGCAACCCUUCUGGUUUUAUAGCUUUAUAUCUGGAACUUAUUUCUGUGAACUAGGAUGUAGGAAUUAGUUUUUAGCUAUAGAGUUUUAUUGUAAGAGUUGAGUUUUGUGAAUGUUAAUUUUAAGAUAUCAAAAUGACUUUUUCAUCGUGAA